AUGUCCGGGAGCAAUGAUAAAGUGUCGACUACGCAGCGUAUGAUCCAAAGUGUUGCUUUCCCUCCCAGCCACAAGCUCACAGUAGCAGAAGUAUUUGAUGAAAAAACUGGAAAACCAUUGCCAGAUGUACUGAAGCAACAUUUUAUCUUGGAGGGUCGAAUCGAAGAAAAUGCAGCAUUACGAAUCAUCCAAGAUGGUGCCACCUUAUUACGAUCUGAGAAAACUAUGAUCGAGAUUGAUUCACCGGUGACCGUGUGCGGAGACGUCCAUGGCCAAUUUUACGAUUUGAUGAAGUUAUUUGAAGUGGGAGGCUCUCCCUCAUGCACCAAGUAUUUAUUCUUAGGUGAUUAUGUCGACCGAGGUUAUUUUAGUAUAGAAUGUGUUCUUUACCUCUGGGCUUUGAAAUUGUGUUAUCCGAAGACAUUAUUUCUAUUACGCGGCAAUCAUGAAUGCCGACAUUUGACAGAAUAUUUUACUUUCAAACAAGAAUGUAAAAUUAAGUAUUCUGAAAAAGUGUAUGAUGCUUGUAUGGAUGCCUUCGAUUGCUUACCUCUUGCUGCUCUUAUGAACCAGCAAUUCCUAUGUGUACAUGGGGGUCUAUCGCCUGAAAUUAACAGUUUAGAUGAUAUUCGUAAAUUAGAUAGAUCAAAAGAACCUCCUGCAUUUGGAGCUAUGUGUGAUCUACUGUGGUCUGAUCCUCUCGAAGACUUCGGAAACGAGAAAAAUGCUGAACAUUUCUCACACAACUCUGUAAGAGGCUGUUCAUACUUUUACAGCUAUGCUGCCUGCUGUGACUUCUUACAGAGGAACAACUUACUGUCCAUCAUUCGUGCUCAUGAGGCUCAAGAUGCUGGUUAUCGUAUGUAUCGCAAGAGCCAGACCACUGGUUUUCCUAGUCUGAUCACCAUUUUCUCUGCUCCAAAUUAUCUUGAUGUCUAUAAUAACAAGGCUGCCGUCUUAAAGUAUGAGAACAAUGUCAUGAACAUAAGACAGUUCAACUGUUCUCCUCAUCCAUAUUGGCUUCCUAACUUCAUGGAUGUUUUCACCUGGUCUCUACCAUUUGUGGGUGAGAAAGUGACAGAAAUGUUGGUAAAUGUGUUGAAUAUUUGUUCUGAUGAUGAGUUGAUGUCUGAAGGAGAUGAUGCAUUGGAGGAAGCUAAUCUCAGGAAAGAAGUUAUACGUAAUAAAAUCCGUGCUAUUGGAAAAAUGGCUCAUGUAUUUUCUGUUCUCCGUGAAGAGAGUGAAUCUGUAUUACAGUUGAAGGGUCUCACUCCUACAGGUGCUCUACCUCUGGGGGCACUGUCAGGUGGUAAAACUUCUCUUAAAAAUGCCUUGCAAGGUUUUUCACCAAAUCAUAAGAUCACAUCCUUUGCUGAGGCAAAAGGCUUGGAUGCCAUUAAUGAGCGAAUGCCACCACGCCGAGAUGGCCAGCGCACUCCAGAUGCACAGGAAAAAAAGCCUCAUGUUAACAGCAAUGCACACUCGUGA